AUGGAGAGUAAACUAAAAAGUCUCUGGGGUGAGGUUCAAAAACGGGGGGAGGGGAGUAGCACAAAAUAGAAAAAUUGAUUUUAAAUGAUUUUGGUUAGGGGAAAAUCAUAAUUGUCUGAUUGGAAAAAGCAUAUACUAUUCGAUUGAUAAAGUUCAAUAGUAAAUUUUGAGAAAUACUCAACCAAAUUAAAGAAUUAGGCUUAAGAUAUAAAUGAAAAGGUAAAGUAUAUAGUAUUUAAUUAAAUUAAAUAAGAGCAGAAAUAGUAUAAGAACAUUUCUAAGCUAUUAUUUUAUUCUUUUAAUUUUCGUAUAAAUAGCGAUGUUAAAAUUAUAGUAAAAUUAUAAUUCUAUCCGAAAAUGAAUGUCUAAUUAUUUAAAAGGAUGGAAAUUUAUAUCAAAAACUCUGA